AUUUUAGUACCCGAACUUCUCCUUUGGCCCUCUCCCUAGUCCCUCCUCAUCUAUCUCGUUUUCUUCAACAAACGCGCAGGAUUUAUUUGCUGUUUUCGCCUUUUCCGUUGGGGUUAUUUUCUCCUUUUUCUGAAUGUGAAGCCAAAACAAACGCAAGAAGGAAACAAAGCCCGUCUCCUUUUGGAGCUUGUGAGUUAUUAUCCAGACUCCAGAGAGAGGGGAAGUGUGAGACAACUAAAACCCUUCUUCUCCAAGUCCUCCUCACUCCGAUUUUUUAUAGGCAUUGGACUGGCAGCUGCAUCCGCACUGUUUCUACCGCUGCUGCUCUGCAACUCUCACAGGUUCCUUCUCUCAUUUGAGGCAGGUCUAGCAAGUGAAUUGCUCCGCGUAUAAAGAUAGUGAACCUUACUUUGAUAUUGUAUUGAAGCUGUACCCGUUGGUCGACUGCAAGAUGGCUUGUGUCUCGCCAUAUUGCUCGCCUACUGAUACUAGAACUCCGGCGGGAAUGUUGACGGUUCUCGGAGGGAGAGUGUCCAAGGAGAAUCACUUGCUCGCGGGUAGAGCCAGCAAUAGCUCGGUUAAGCUCGCAGACGAUAAAAAUAGGUUUAUGGGUGCUGGCCAGAAGUCGACUUUCCCUAUCGUCAGAGGUUCAACUAACUCUCACAGUGUCAGUCCUUACCACAGCAAAGACCCUUUUCUGGAUCUGCAUCCGGAGGUGUCGUUGCUCAGAGGCGAAGGAAAUAAUGUGGUUUCUACCCCAAGGAAGGAUUCUCCUUGUGGCAAUCUCACCGAUAGCUUAGUAGAUCAGCCUACCUCAACAAAUUCCAGUGAAGCUAAGAUCAAAGUUAUUGGUGUUGGAGGCGGUGGGUCGAAUGCAGUCAAUCGGAUGAUUGAGAGCUCAAUGAAGGGCGUGGAGUUUUGGAUUGUCAAUACAGAUAUUCAGGCAAUGAGGAUGUCUCCUGUAUAUCCAGAGAAUCGUUUGCAAAUCGGUCUUGAAUUAACUAGAGGUCUUGGAGCUGGUGGUAACCCAGAGAUUGGAACUAAUGCUGCUAAAGAGAGCCAAGAGACAAUAGAAGAAGCACUGAAUGGAGCAGACAUGGUUUUUGUCACAGCCGGAAUGGGGGGAGGAACUGGUACUGGUGGGGCUCCUGUAAUUGCAGGUAUUGCAAAAGCAAUGGGGAUCCUGACAGUUGGUAUAGUGACAACUCCCUUUUCUUUUGAGGGACGAAGGAGAGCUCUUCAGGCUCAGGAAGGAAUUGCAGCAUUAAGAGAUAAUGUUGAUACACUGAUUGUCAUUCCAAAUGACAAGUUAUUGACUGCUGUUUCCCAAUCUACUCCAGUAACAGAAGCAUUUAAUCUUGCUGAUGACAUUCUGAGGCAGGGAGUUCGUGGUAUCUCUGAUAUAAUUACGAUUCCAGGACUUGUCAACGUGGAUUUUGCUGAUGUCCGGGCAAUAAUGUCAAAUGCUGGUUCUUCACUGAUGGGGAUAGGAACAGCGACAGUAGGUCAAACAAGGGCAAGGGAUGCUGCCUUAAACGCAAUUCAAUCGCCAUUACUUGAUCUUGGCAUAGAGCGUGCAACUGGAAUUGUGUGGAACAUUACUGGUGGAAAUGAUUUAACUUUGUUUGAGGUGAAUGCUGCGGCAGAGGUUAUAUAUGAUCUUGUAGAUCCAACUGCAAAUUUGAUAUUUGGAGCUGUCAUAGAUCCAUCAUUUACCGGUCAAGUCAGCAUAACUCUUAUUGCAACUGGGUUCAAGCGCCAAGAAGAAACUGAAAGCAGGCCCCUCCAGGCAAAUAAGGUAGGGUCAGGAGGAGAUGGCAAGGAUGGAAUGAACAGACGACCAUUCUCAUUUACCGAAGGUGGUUCGGUAGAGAUCCCUGAGUUUCUGAGGAAGAAGGGGCGUUCUCGUUUCCCAAGAGCAUAAAUCAAUCCUUUUGCAGGCUCUCCCUCUUCAUUUGCAAGCAGAUGUCGGUUUCCACAAUUCAACAGAGAAAACAUCCCCUUCCCAUGGUCCAUGUAGUAUUGUGCUGUACGGUAUCUCUAUCAGAGUUCCUCAAAUCAACAGCGACAUCUACAAGGUUUGUGUUUGAUUAUAUAGCCAUCCAUAAUAAGGUUAGGUAAUGUUUUUGUUUGUGGUGUAUAUCAUUAGAAUCUCUAGAGAAGACCAGUCAGUAGUUGUGUGUUUUCUUCUUCUUACCCCUGUCCUGAAUGCUUCAAUAAUCUCAUGAAUCUGAUCAGGCUACGAUCCUACGUGGCUUGUACAUAGUAUUGAUUCCGACCUAUGAGUUUAUAUUUUUCGAAAAUCAUGGAUUGGUUUCUGGGUCCAUAGACAUCUUAGUGAAGCUAGUGAUCUGUGUUUAUGGAGUAGCAUAGAAAUGAACAGCAUGUGAAAGACGAGGACUUACCUUUGCUCUCCGUAGAGGCAAGAGGGCUGUGGGGGGUUUGAGCCUAAGAGUCUGUUUGACCUUCAGCUAUGGCUGGCCUUCCCGUUCCUCGACUAGCCUGUGUUGAUUGCUUUCUGGGCAGCGAUUUCAUGCAUGCGACUGGUUGAUUUGGUCAUAUUCCUCAAUGGGUGGUGGACUUGAUUUGGGCCGUCUUUGUUGGACCCUAACCAUCAUCGUUUGUCCUGUGUGAAAUGGGCUUCAUAUCUGCAUUCUCUGUUAAUUAUCCUUACCACAAAUUAAAACGUCGAGGGAGAAAUAUUU